AAGCAAAAAUUCAACAAAUCUAAAAAGAAAGAUGGGUUUAGGAGAUAAAGCUAAACCAUUCCCAGUGGAGAUAAUGAAGAAAGAGGUGGUGGCACCCCUACGUUCUUCGACACUACUCCAAGAACAUUGGUUGCCAAUGUCCAAUCUCGACCUUCUCUUUCCGUCGCAACUCAAGUUCGCGGUUGUGUUAUGCUACAAGAAUCCUACAUUGGGCCCUCAAGCUUCCGAAAAUGGCGAUUCUUUUAUUAGUAGUUUGAAGAAGAGCUUGGCUCAAGUUUUGGUACCCUUCUAUCCACUAGCUGGCGAAGUGGUCCAAAACUCCGUCGGUGAGCCUGAGAUUUGGUGCAACAACCGUGGUGUUGAAUUCAUUGAAGCCUAUGCAGAUAUUGAGCUAAAAAAGCUCAACUUGUACAACCUUGAUGAGAGUUUUGUGGCAGGCAAGUUGGUGCCAGAGAACAAGCAUGACAUUCUUGUUGUCCAAUUAACAAAGCUCAAGUGCGGCAGUGUGAUUGUGGUGUGCUUAUUUGACCAUCGGAUAAGUGAUGGCUACUCAGCCAGCCUGUUUAUGGUAUCAUGGGCUAAAUUCGUUCGAUCUAGACCUCUCAGUUAUAAUAAUCAUCCCUCAUUCCGACGAUCUUUGCUAAACCCUCGUCGUUUUGGCUAUAUUGACACCUCUGUCCAUGACAUGUAUGGUAACCUUGUCACUACUCCUGAAAACACCUCUCCAAGCCUACUCGACGAUGAUCCUUUUAUCAUAAGUAAUCGCCUCUACUAUAUUAAAGCUGAACAUAUCAAGCACCUCCAAACCCUAGCUAGCCUAAACAACAACAACAACGUAACUAAGCUUGAGACAUUUAGUGCCUUCUUGUGGAAGUUGAUUGCAAAACAUUCUUCAUCUUCUGAUAAUAAGGAAAAGCUAUGUAGAGUGGCCAUUGUUGUCGAUGGUCGGAAGCUAUUGGCUGGAGAUGGAAGAGAAGAUAACGUGAUGAAUAAUUACUUCGGAAAUGUCCUAUCCUGUCCAUUUUGGGACAAGAAAGUUAGUGAUCUUAACAGAGAGCCACUCGAUCAAGUUGCCAAACAAGUUCAUGAGUGUUUGGAAACAGUUGCAAUGAAAGAGCAUUUUUUGGGAAUGGUAGAUUGGGUAGAGUCACUUCGUCCAAAAUCAGGAAUAUUUGGCUUAUCCAGCUACAAAAUGGAUGAUGAGCGAUCUAUUAUAGUCUCUUCGGGGCUGCGAUUUUCAAUUGUAGAGGUCGAUUUUGGGUGGGGUAGACCCAUUUUAGGGACAUUUCAGUUUCCGAUGGGGAUGCGAACAAUGACCAAAGGUGGUUACGUGCUCCCGAUAUUGAUCCCCAUUGGCAAUGGUGAUUGGGUAGUGUACAUGCACCUACAUACAUCACAGUUGGAGUUCAUAGAGAAAGAAGCAUCUAAUUUUCUCAAGCCAUUGACUUUUGAUUACCUUAGCUCAAGGGUGGAGCAGCACAUGGACCAGCGCAGCAGGUUGCGGCCGUACCAGAAAAAAGAAUGUAUAAACAUAAAUAGUAAAAUAUAAUUUCUAUGUGGCUAUAUAUUUAUUCCAACUAGCUAGGUAUGCAUGUAGCAGCUAAUGUGGCUUGAUAUGUCAUUAUUUACACAUGCCACAUGAAAUAAAUGUAGUAUAUUGGUAAAGUUUUAAUAAAUGUGUGUAAUAUACACUACUACAAGAAAAAACAA